GUGCCUCAGCAGACACGCGCCACGGCGAGCGCCCGUGCCCUCUCGUUUGUUGUUGCUGCUGGUCGGACAGCUGGAUCUGGCGAAAACGGUAGUCCAAAAGCACGCCACGUGCGGAAACCCCACCCAUCACCUGGUCCCUUUAUCUGCGCAGCUGGUUCACGCGCUUGGAUGAGGGGAUUCGCCCCCUGCCGAUCGGCGGAGGGGAAACGAUGAACCAGCGUCAGUGGGAAGCAUAGCGGGCACCGAGUACACCGACACGAGACGAUAGAACACGAACAGGGGCACGCGGAUUUCCUGCUGAGUGGUGACAACUGAAGCGAGCAGCGCCCGAACGUCCACCAUCGUUAGCAGUCCCCCUUUCGGCGCGGCUUGGAUCGCGCGCUUGGAUGAACCCUUCUGCUGCUGAUCAACACGAGGGGCCGUUGUUGUUAUGGUUGUGGGCAGGAGGAGAUCCUUUGGCGAAAGAGAAAAUAAAAAGGAUGGGCUGGUGACGGAUAUCUACGACGAGCCGGCGAGGGGAAUGCCAAACUUGUGGUGCAUGACGGUCAACAACACAUGUGUGAGAUUGGUGGGGAGGUGUGGCUGGGGGACGUGGCGGAUAGCUAACGGGGUGGACUACGAUGUGGUAGCCGCUUGGGAUGCGAAGGAUGGAUACUCAACACCUGCAACACGGUGCCAAACCUUGCAAGAUGGGAAACUCCGAAGUAUCGGAUGA